AUGCCCGGGAGCAGACGAGCUCUCGGCCGAGGUCGCGGACGCGCAGCGCCGAGGGUUCGCGCGGGCGAGGCCAGGGCGACGACCGCCGAGCCGGCGGCAUGCCGCCGGGCGGGGGCGGCCGCAGUGCUGACGGUGCGCCGCGCGCCAAGGGCGCGGCGGCGCCGCCUCGGAGGAACGGGGACGACCCGGGGCCGCCGCGCCGGAGGAGCGCGGGGCGCGGGGCGCCGUGGCGGAGGACUCCUCCAGAGGCGGCCCCGGAACGCAGGGCUGCUGGCGGCAGGGCCGGGGGCCGCAGGUGAGGGGCGGCCGCGGGUGCCCGAGGUGCUGCUGCAGUCUGGCACGACGUGGCAGCCGGGCUCAGAUUCGUUGUGCAUCUUCUAUAGUAUAAGGCCAGCCAUCCAGCUGUCCGAUUUGGAUUGUCACGCUAUGAUACCUGAGCGGGCGUGGAGGCUCGCUGCAUCGAUGCUGAAGGCUGGCGUGGGCGCCGCUCGUGCGUACCUGCAGCGCGAGCUCGGCGGCCGCCUGAGAGGGGCGGGGCGCCAUCGGCUGAGGCGACCAUCGAUGUUGGCAGCCGCGCUCCCAGAGAAAGCCAUGCACUGGGUAUCCGCUGAAGGCGACGAGGCCGGCGGCCACGUCCACGACCACGCCGCGGCAGACGACAGCGUCAAUGGCGACGGCGAGAAUGAGGCUGGCGACGAGGCCGACGAGGCCGACGAGGCGGCGGCACGGAUCCCUCACCGGCGCGCGCCCGAGGCGCUGCGCGCCGUGGUCGAGGAGGCGGUGCGGGCCACGCUCGCCGCCGCGGCGGACUCGGCCUGCGGCGGCGAGGUGCGCGCGCUGGCCUCCGACGAGGAGACGGCCGCGCUCGUGCAGGAGAAGGUCACGUUGAAGGAGUUCUCCGUCGCCCAGCAGGAGCGCCUGGUGGAGCUGGAGCUCGCGCGGGAGAAGCUGGCGGAGAGCACGGCGGGUCAGAGGUUCUCCCUCUCCAGCCUCACGUCCGCGCUGCAGGUUUCCCUGAGCGACGCCGCCGCCGCGAUGCCACAGACGGGCUCGCAGUACCCAGCGCCGGCGUCGGAGCCGCUGCCGCCCGCGCUCCCCGCGGUGGCGGUGGGCGACCACUGCGAGGUCGUGGGCAAAAAAGGGGCCAUCAUCAGAGCGACAGAAGACCUGGACAGCCCCGAGGUUGCCACGCUGCUGCCCGGCACCCGGGCGCUCGUUCUGGAGCUCGGCAAAGAGGGCAGCCGGCGGGCCCGGGUGCGGUCGUUGGACCCGGUGGCGGGAGUUGCGGCGGGGCCAGCGGCGGGAGAGCAGAGCGGUGGCGCGACAUCGAGCACCGCCUUGCGGCCGCGCGGCGCGGGCGAGCAGACAGUGCGCCUGGCGGAUAUGUCCAGAGACAGGUCGCCGCAGCAGUACUCUCUGCGCUUCGCGAAUGGCUUCGCGGUGAGGCCUGAAGGGUGGAGCAUCGCGCCGAGUGCUGAAACCCAGUGGCUCACGCCCAGGGGGCACCCUCUUCUCGGCAUCGUCCACAGCACGCACCGUGACGUCCGGGUGCUGGGUUCCAACUUGAAUAUCAUCUUCUGCACUCAGUGCGGGGCGUGGUUGCGGGCGUCCGGCAACUUGACCGACCCGCUACAGAAGCUCUGCCCUGGUUCGGCCAAGGCGCCGCCGCCGCUGCUGGCGCUGCCCCCUCCUGCGCCAGGGCCGCCUGCGCCUCAGCCGCUGGCCAAGCCGAAGGCGACGAAGCGCAAGGCCUCGCAAGCGGCCGUGCCGAUGCCGAAGGCGAAGCGCGUGGCCUCGCCAGCCGUGCCGAAGCCGAAGGCUCUGAUGAUUGAGGAUGCGCCGAUGGCCGUGCCGCAGCCGAAGGCUCCGCUGAUGAUUGAGGACGCAGCAGCGGCCGUGCCAAAGCCGAAGGCUCUGCUGAUGAUUGAGGAUGCGGCAGUGGCCGUGCCAGAGCCGAAGGCUCCGUUGAUGAUUCAGGAUGCGCCUGUGAUCGAGCCAAAGGCGGAAGUUGGCGCCAGUGACCAGUCAUCAGUGGCUCCUCUCACGCCGCCUGUCAAGCCGCCCGCGGUCGGGUCGCCCUCGCCGCCCGGUGGAUCGCCCUCGCCCGCCAGCGAGGACCCGUACGGCGGUUGGAUGACCAACGCGAGUGGUGCCAGCAGCUCCACGGCGGCCUCGUCAGUCAAGAAGAGUUUGUUUCAUGACAAGUCUUCGCCCACCCUCAGUGACAUGUACUCGGAGUCGUCCAUGGGUCCUGCGGGUGUUCGCACCUUGGUCCAACGCAUGAAGGCCGUGCUUCCAAACUUGAUCGUCCAGGCCCGCGUGACGUGCGGGCUGCCCGAGCCGCAGCUUGACCUGCGGGACCGGGCCAGGCUGGUGGGCGGCAGCCUCCGCGUGGUGCUGGGCUGGGCCGCCUGGGCCGCCUCGUUCUUCGUCGGGAGGACCGACCUGCCGCGGCGCGAGGGCGCCGCGCCCGUGGGCCUGCUCGUCGAGGGCGACGGGACGGGCCAGGACGGCGGUGCUCAGCGCCGCUUCCGGGCAGUGUGCGCGUGCUACGACGACGACGUGAACCUUCGGAGGCACCACAGGGUGCCCCUCAGGCAGCUCUGCCCUGGCGUCUGGGUGCCGACGACUCCCGAUGGCGAGGUGGAGACGCUGGACCUCAGCAAGCACGAGGUCGGCCCCCUAGGGCGGGCGCCCCCGUUCCCGGCCUGGGUUCAGGGGCAGGUCUGUGCGUUCAACGGUCAGACGAGCGAGGACAUCGAGGCGCUGCGGGAGGAGGCUCGCGGCAUCGCCCUGGUCAUGGGCGUCUUCGCCCCGGCUGGGGCUGCUGGCGGCGUCGUGCCGCGCGGGAUCGUCUCGGACCCAGGCUCGCCCGGGUUCUGGCGCGAGCUGGAAUCCCCCCUCAUCGGCUACCCGGAGCGGCUGAUCAGUCGCGACGCUGGGGGCAGUGCGUUGCUCAGCAAGGAGGAGGGGUGGGUCUCGGUCGAGGACGUCCAGCAGGCCGACGAGGCUCGCGGGGGCCAGGUGGCGCUUGUGGAGGCGAUCGCGAGGAUGAACGCGGUCGACUUUGGCGACUGGCUCCCCUGGGGGUCGAAGGGCUCGCCCGAGCUGCUGGCCGCCGCCCUUGUCACAGGGCUGACCCUCACUUCCUACUGUGGGUACUGGGUCUCGGAGUCACGGGUGUCGCGGUACGCCGCGGUGGCCCAGGAGGUGCGGCACGCGUUGAGCCAGCUGCACCGCGCCGCGACCUACGACCUCGUGGGCCCGUCGAGCCGGGCGUCUCUGGAGCACCUGGGCCGCCGGGUGCUGCAGAUCCAGCGGGCAGGGAAGAGGUGCCCGCGCCACCUGAGCUUCGAGGGCCUCGACCUGGCGCUGAGCUGCCCCUUGGACGAGGUCAGAGGCGUCGUGGCGUCGAAGUUCGACGCGAGCGUGGCCAAGGAGCUGAAGGCGCAGGGCUUCGUACUGGGGCAGGAUUUGGUGUACCGGGAGGAGCAGGUGUCGGAGGCGAAGAAGUGCGAGAGGCAGGGCGACGACAGGGAAAGGGACCCCAGGGCGGACACAAAGGGCAAGGUGAAUCCGAAGCCCGAGGCCGCCGUGAAGGAUCAGGGCUGA